AUGAAGCUUCCUACUUCUCUUAUCCUUUUCACAGUAGCCGCGGUCACAGCAUCGCCUACUCCAACUAUUCGGGAAGAACCGGCGAAGGCCCUAGAGAAGAGAGCUAGCAUCACAGAUGCUGCUAAUGUUGGAUAUGCGAUGGCAAACGGAGGCACUAAAGGCGGAGCCGGUGGUCCCACUACCACUGUCAGCACUUUACCUCAGCUCUCAGCCGCGGCCAACUCUACUGGGCCCUUGAACAUUGUCGUCUCAGGAGCUAUUAGUGGUGCCGCAAAGGUCCAGGUCAGCUCGGAUAAGACCAUUAUUGGGAAGACUGGAAGCUCCUUGACUGGUAUCGGUCUCACGAUUCUAGGUCAGAAAAAUGUCAUCGUGCGCAACAUGAAGAUCACAAAAGUGCCCGCUGCAUACGGCGACGGCACUACCAUCCAGCUUUCCACCAACGUAUGGGUCGAUCAUUGCGACUACUCCGGUGAUGAGUCUGUGGGCAAAGAUACCUAUGAUGGUUUGGUCGACCUUUCGCACGCUGCUGACUUUGUCACCAUUUCCAACACUUAUUUCCACAACCAUUCAAAAGGCACUCUAGUAGGUCAUUCCGACAAGAAUGCUGCCGAAGACACUGGCCACCUCCGCGUAACAUACGCAAACAACCAUUUCUACCGCGUCAACAGUCGUGGCCCACUGCUUCGUUUCGGCACAGCGCAUAUCUUCAACAACUACUAUAACGAGCAGUCUACGGGCGUAAACACCCGCAUGGGUGCGCAAGCUCUGGUUCAAAGCACAGUCUUCGAGAACAGUGGCAAGAAGAUGGUGUACACGGAGAGUAGUGCAGAAGAUGGAUUUGCAGUUGUAGAGGACGUCCUGUUUGGUGGCCAGAGCGCUAACACGGCGCCCAAGGGUACGCUUAAUGCGCAAAGCUUCCCUUACGAGUAUAAGCUAUUGGGAAGCGCUAACGUCAAGGCUGCUGUUACCAAGGAGGCAGGACAGACACUGGCUUUCUAG